AUGUCAAAGCACUGUUGGCAAACUUAUUUGUAUGACAGUUUAGCGGUGAGUUCUCGAUGCAAGAGAAGGAAAAGCGAUUGGAGAUUGCCCAUUGUUAUUUUCAAAUUUCGAAUGUGGUAACUGGGUUUCUAUGGCAGGUUCUGUUCGUAUUUCACAGAUUUAUCGCUUAAUACCAGUAUUUCUCGCACUUUGGUUGUGGUGCGUUUUUGUCUCAACGCCUGCAAGGACAGAAAGUAAGAGCCAAGAGUCUGUUUCGUAGUCAUUUAAUCCUAAUGUGAAUACUCUAAACUCAGGCCAGUACAGGGCGUUUUGCUUGUGAGGAUCUUUCCGUCAGGAAUUUCUUUUGUUAUUUGAGGCGAAUUCGCUCAUUUUACGUCCAGGGACAAAUUAUUUCAAGGUCUCUAUUUCUUCAUUACUUUAAGCCGCUCAUGAAGCUGAAAACAGGAAAAACAACUUAGGGUGCCUAAUGUUACGUACUGGCGCGACCCUUGAGGUUAUACCACCUCCAGUACUACCGAAAUCUUUAAGAUCUUCAAACUUUUCUUUUCUUUAUUUUGGUUAUAAAAAUUUGUUGUUACCGACAUUUACGAUCCUGUGUGGAACCGGUUUUGGAUUUGAAAUGUUUAAUCAGUUUUUGUGGAAAGGAAAGAGAUAAAAAAAGAAAAUUCAUGCUUGUAAGGAAGGCUCUGUGUACGCGUUUGUUUUGCUGAUUCGUAUUUUUGAUAGCUGCUUGUGUAUGGGUAAUGGCUGGUUUGGAAAAACAAUAUAGUUCAUGGCCAUGUAGGUUAGCACUGGUACUGUUUUCAUCUUUACCAUUUGUUUUCACUCUUCCAACCUAAAUUCCCAUCAAUUUUAGUUUCUUGCUUGCAGCUAUAUGAAGCUUUAUUUAAACGAAUCUUUGGUUUCCGGAACCAUGUCUCUAUUAGAGAAGGGGAUGAUUAAAAAUUUAUUUUUCUUUGAUUUUAGCGGAAUAAAGCCACUCAGACAGAACGUUUAAAAAAGUAUUUAGUUUUAUGAAUGGUUUCUUUUAAAUUGCGAGCCUUUUCUCUCAUUUUCAUGUAAAAAUUAGUAAGUAUAGAAUUGAAUGUUUGUUGAAUGCUUCAAAUAAUGGGAAAGAUUGCGUUGGUCUUUGAUCUACCUCUUUUCAAAGUGUAGAAUUAUAUUGGCUGCGUGAAAAAGGGAAAUUUUGAAAAAAAAAAAGGGUUCUGAGGAUGAUUUUAUUGCUUCAAACAAAGUGAAUAAUAAAAGAUUCAUCAAAUUUUUAGGACACAUUAUGCAAGUUGAAGGUAGAGAAAAUAACUGUAUUGUCCUUUUCUGACAGUUUUAUGAUUUAGAUGACUCUCUCUCACCACUUUCAUGUACACAAAACGUGAAACUAUUGUAUAGGAUAUCUUUGAGAUCAGGUUCUUUAAUAUAUCAGUUGUCGAACCGAAUUUUGUAUAUUGAUUCCCGUCAGAGAUAGAGGAAAUAUGUUGUCAGAAUCAAUGUGUGCAUUUUAUUCAUGUUGCAUCCAAUAUAAAAUAACGCUUUAGAAUUAUCUCUUUGAGUGAAAGCUUAAUGGUACUACUGAUUUUUCAAUUAGAUUGAUUUUGGUAGGGUUUGAUCGGGAAAUUGUAUACUAACUUUGUGAUAUAACAUUAAUGGAUAUUACAAUCACUUAUUUUGUUUAUUUUUUCAACCUAAGUUUUAGCCUUGAUUUUUUAAGAAUUUCCAGGAUAUUCAUUUCAUAUUUAUUGUUUUGUGUUUAAGGACUAUUUGCAAUAGUGAAUCGAUGAUAUCAUGAGCUUAAUCUUAUCAUGGCUCUCAAAGAUACGUAUUCAAACACUGAUUACUCUUGCCGUCGGUUUCCACUAGUGAUGAACAAGAGCAACAAAGACAAAUUGUCCAUUGAAACAAAUUAUUUUCUUUUUCUACGUUACAACUUGUCGAGUAAGCGUUGACUCUCUAAAUAUUUCAUUAGCAUGCAUAGAAGCGUAUUUUUUGGCGUUCGAGUGCACUAUACUCCGAGAUGAGUUUGUAGCCGCCAUAUUGAAAUUGUUCAGAUCGAGAAGAACCUGGAGCGAGUGAAAAAAGUGUACCAAGUAGGUAGUAGUGAGAAUUUCAAACCAGUGAGGUGAGAGUGGUCGAGCAGAAAUCAUGUCUAGGUAAUAUUUCUUCCCAACCUCCUCCCCCUCACUGUUUUCUUCGCUUCAGAUUUCACUUAUGUUGCCAAUCCAAUAUGGAGGCAUAUAGACUCAAUCUUACUUAACCUGCUUACAACCUCGCUCGCCAGAAAAUUCGGUUGCCAUGCUGACUAACAUUUUUAGUCGGAAGUUGCAGUUGGUUUGAAAUGAGUUUACGUUGAAUUAUUUUCAGGAGAGUGGGGAGAGUGGGGAGAGUGGGGAACUUGUUCACCCACGUGCGGAAUUGGUCAGAGAUCACGUGAAAGGUGUCAAAAGAAAAUGACAAAAAAAUGUCUACCGCAUAAAAAGACAACACAGACUGAACAAUGCGGCUCAGUUUCGUGUGCCUUGACCUCUGUCAGUGUACAAGGUAAUUAAUCAGUCGAUAUUUGAAAUAGCGUAAAGUCAAAUGAAUUAUGUAUAAGGUAGUACUUUUAAGUAUGAUUUAAGAUUAAGAUUUAUUUCGUCGCCGUGUAAAAGACGUCUACUGUUAUAACAUUGUAAACAACCACUUCAUAAUCUUCAUCAGUAGUGUUAAUCUCGUCUCCGGACAAAUUUUCACUCUUUUAAAAAGCUUUUCCUAGUGCAUUUUACUUAACUGUCAAACUAAAGUGGAUCUGCCUUGUGAUGCGUCGAAAAACAUUUCUUGAGGAAUUUUUUUUCAGUGAUUGCUUAAACUUUAAAUUUAUUUUUAACAUGUCAGUUAAUCUUUUAUGUUUUAGUGUGGUCUUCACGCAAGAAUAAGAGACCACUUUCCCUUGGAACAACUUCAUCGAAAGUUGUUAUGACGUCACGCUAUGAUUUGAUGACGCCAGAUAGAGCAAUGACCUCCAGACAUCUUGCUAUCACGUCCUCAGUGCUUAUGAUGACGUCAGCCUCUGUGCCUGGAGUUACCAUGUUGUCAACCCAAAUUAAUAAGGUUUUGUGGACAUCUCCUUUUCUGAUGCUUCCAAGAACCAGUGUUACAAGUAAAUUUCAGACUUUUUGAAUGAUUUUUGUAGAUGCCUUAAUUGAACUUAAAAGGUUUCGUCGAAACCAUUUCUGCGUUGUAAAAUACAUGAGCGAGUAAAGUUUUAUCAUCAUCAUUAUUAUUGUUAUUGUUAUUUUUAUUGUUAUUGUAUGAUUACAAUAUGAUGCAUUCUUCUAAUCGACUAAGAAGUCUAAACGGGGAGACUGGAAUGCUGGGAUCUAAUGUUGUUAAUAAUGGUAAUAGAACCGAGUGGAGUCCAACUCUGUCUGUAAUCAUACGAGUGAUUGACAAAAUUGGACGACCGGGAAGCGGGAGUCCGAUUUGUUAUGAGUAUGAUUACAGACAGAAUUGGACACGAAGUCCUGUUACCAAUUAAUCAAAACUAUGACAAAAUUUGAGAAAGAAACUAGACAUCGGUUCUACGUAUUCAUAAAAAAAACAACUGUUAACUCAACGAAAUGCGAGACAACAGUGCGCGCAUAUGACGUGUGCUGUCCACUUGCACAGGUGUUAAUUGUCUCUUUAACUGUCCUAUUACACUGUCCAAUUACAUGCAUGACGCAUACAAUGUCCAAUUAGUUCUCAAGUCUAGCUGGUGACACACAAUCACGUUCGAGAAUUUUGUUAUAGUUUUGAUUACAUUAAAAACAAAACAAUGAAAGGAUAAACUCAAAUUGUUUAUCGUUCAAUUAUGCAUUUCAAUUUCUUAUUACCAGAAACUACUCCCGGGAACGAAGUUCUAAGUACCUCACCAACCUCCUCAUUGCAUUCACCUGAAAUUUCUACAUCAAUGGCUGUGAUGUUAUCGUCAUCUAGUAUGACGUCACCAUUAUUGGUGUCAUCCUCAACUAUACUUAAAUCACCUGCAUUAGUAAUCACGUCAAGUCCUGUAUCAAAGACUGCAGACCGUAAGUCUCCAAACAAGACUAACCAAGGCCCAAUGGAAUCUCCAUCUAGUCUUCACGCCUACUUCAAAACUGUAAGGAAAGACUGGAUCUUACUCAAUCAUCAGAUUAAGAAACUGUGGACGUCAAGCGAGAUCUCGUGCGCCAUGGUGUGCAUGAGACAUCAGAACUGUCAAUCAUUCAAUUUUAAGUGCUCGGAAAAGUAUUCUGACCCGCUAAAGGAUGUGGAUACUAAACAGGGUCAUAACUGCCAGCUAAACUCAGCAAAACACUCCACCAGUCAGGGAGACUUCGUUUCAAAGAAAGGAUAUUGUUACUUCUACCUAUGA